UCCAAGGGAAUUCUUGCAGGUGAGGGAACGCAAACGAUCCUGAUCCUGCCCUUUAGAUGACUUGUUGCAGUUUAGUCUUUGCAAACUAAAAAAAAUAUUGCCAAAAUGUUCAAAGAGCAUUGAGCUGUUAGCCGUUUCUCAUCUCAAACGACUUGUAGCAACAACCAAGGUGUGAUCAAGACAGCAGGCAAAGUGGGAGGGAAGGACCCAGGACUUUAUCAUCAGUACAUGUGUGGCAUGUGUAAUAGACUGACCUCACUCAGACAGAUUCCCAGACAACACCCAGCAUUACCCGCACUAGGCACAGCGUAAAGGUAAGCGUAUGGCUCUUGAGUUUAACAUUUGUUAUGUUGUUCAUUUGUCUUUACUGAUAUAUAUUUUCAAAUCAGUAGAGAGAACAAUAACAUCAAAGACAUAAAAGCAUAAAUUAAAAGAUUUAUUGUGAAAGAAAUGAUUACAUAAAGAGCAAUUUGAGUUGCGUAGUGUUUUAUUUGACUUUCUUCAGACCUGGUAACCCACUCUCUAUCUGCUGCAGCUUCUCUCCUCACUGUUGAAACUUGUCAAGACAACACAGCCUGCAGCAUCAUGUUGCAGACAAUCAAAGACUGGCUGUGGUGGGAACGUCUGUGGCUUCCAGAGAAGGUCUCCUGGGCAGAUCUUGAAGACAAAGAAGAUCGUACUUAUGCCAAAGCCUCUCAACUUUAUGCAGCUGUGCCCUGUGCCCUCUGCCUACUAGUAGUCAGAUACCUCUUUGAAAGAUACGUGGCCACACCACUGGCUAAUGCUCUAGGGAUCAGAGACAAGAUACGUCUCACAGCUGAGCAAAACUCAACCCUAGAGAAGUACUUCUACAGCCAAACCCGGAAUCCGUCACAGGUGGAUGUUCGGUCUCUGUGUAAGAAGACCGGCUGGCCAGAAAGGAGAGUAGAAGUGUGGUUCAGGAGGAGGAGGAAUCAGGAUCGACCUGGGCUUCGGAAGAGGUUCUGUGAAGCCAGUUGGAGAUGCGGCUUUUAUCUUUGUGCGUUCCUUGGAGGACUUUUUGCCCUUUACGAUAAACCUUGGCUUUAUGAUCUAAAAGAGGUUUGGGCAGAAUUUCCUAAACAGUCCAUGCUCCCAUCACAGUACUGGUAUUAUACCUUGGAAAUGGGUUUCUACCUUUCUCUGCUCCUCAGCCUAACGUUUGAUGUGAAAAGGAAAGACUUUAAAGAGCAGGUGAUUCACCAUGUAGCCACACUGACACUUCUGAGUUUCUCCUGGAUUUCUAACUACAUUCGUAUUGGAACUCUUGUGAUGGCUGUUCACGACUCUUCUGACAUACUGCUUGAGGGAGGAAAGUUGUUUAACUACGCAAAAUGGGAGCAGACUGCUAAUGUUAUGUUUGUGAUAUUUACAACUGUUUUCAUGGUGACAAGACUUGUUAUUUUUCCUUUUUGGCUCAUCCACUGUACAUGGGUGUACCCAAUGGAGAGGUUUGACCCCUUCUUUGGCUACUAUUUCUUCAACAUCAUGUUACUGGUUCUACAAAUUCUACAUGCCUACUGGGCUUUUCUAAUAACAAGAAUGGCUUACAAGUUUGUCUUCAGUAAGCAACUGGACGGCGAUGUUCGGAGCGAUGAAGAGGAGGACGACAGUGAUUCGCAAAAGAAUAUAAAACACAGAAUGAAUCAUAUUAAUGGUGCCAUGAAUGGCGCCAGAGAUCGAGCUAACGGCCACUGACUUAUACAGAGAAAAGAGGAGCAUCAACCAUGACAGAUGGACACCUUCUACUUGGAGUGCUUCAGUAAAAAUUUUGAGAAUUCAAGGAAGGAAUAUUGUAUAUGAAAGAACUGUGAAGGAACCUAAAUAGUGUGAUUUUCUUUUAGCCCUAAUUACAAUUUAGGAUUAGAUAUUUCAUGAGUCUAUUUGUAUUUUAUGUGAGGGUACAAAUUGGCGUGAUCAUAAAAAAAAAAUACAAA